CAUUUUCAAAUACGGUUUUGUGAUUUGUACUAUUUGAUAUUAUUGCCAGUUGUGUUUUGUACGCCUUGUCACUCCUAUUACUUUGCCACCAGCAUCGUCAAGCACAACAGCAAGGGAAGAAGGGAAUUUUCAAUUAUGGCUGACGAGUUUGAUGGCUGCGAAUGCAUUUGGUCGCAUGAAUUGGCGAUGCAACGGCUUAUCAAUUUUAUACGUCAGAAUCAGAAUGCCUGCACAGACACCGAGUGCAUAGAUGUUAGCGGACGCACCUUGCACCCGGGUCAGGCGUUUUCCGGACGUGAUUCUGGCAAUAGUUUCACCAUUGCCAUGGUGUUCAUGCUGUUGGCCAUGUUCAUGUAUAUCGUGAACCCAAGCACUUGGCGUCAAUUGACCAACACUAAGCCAAGUCGCCGGGACAACAAUCCAGAUGGAGCGCCGCCGCCGCAGCCMCCGGCCAUCAAUUAAGCGUGGAAAGCUGCAUAAACGA